UAGACAGCCAACAAGGUUGCGUGUGUAGACACUCGCUCUUUUUUGUCGACAGUUUGGUGCGGGGGUGAUAAACAAAGGGUUGUCCGGGCUGAUUGAAACAUGGAAAACAUUGAAAGUAUAUUAGAUGAACUAAAUGACUAUGACAAGCAAAAGACCCCGGAAAUUCCCAAAAAUUUAGAAGAGUACAUCAAUCACCUGGCAAAGACUGGUGAAACACUCUUCCCCUGGCUAAAGAUCAGAGGUGUCCUCCGGCACAAGCUGGAAUUAGUCAUCGCCAAUUUUAAAGCAGUAUGUCCAACAGAGAACUUGCCCCCCUGCCCAAAUGUGGAACCUUUUAAUUUUGAGAUAGUGAAAGAUAAAAUUCUCCAACAAUUUGACAGCUUCACCUGUGCCCCUUUCACAAUACAGAGAUUGUGUGAACUCUUGUGUGCCCCAAGGAAGCACUACAAGAGAACAGACAAGUUCAUGCGAGGCAUAGAGAAGAACCUUUUAGUUGUUACCACAGUAGACCCAGAGCAAAGGAAACGUUCCGAAUCAGUAUCUUCUUCUCAAACGUUAGUUAACGGCGUUGUUGACAUUAAUGUGGGUUCCAGUCGACCACUUGCCACCUUCGCUGCCAAGAACGACUCUAGACCGGUUUCGGCUGCCUCAGACACUGCAUCAGUUUCAGAUGCUGACUCUGGCAUUUCAGACACCGAAGACGAGGAUAAGCCGGCACGAAAAGAGCUGGUAUUGAUCAAGGCAUCUGGCACAGCAGAACCACAAGACCAAGGCGAGGCAAAAGAAACUACAAAUGGUGCUGUCGAUCAAGAAGAAGCCAAGCCGUUGCCAACAACAACAGAAACGGUCUCUCCUGCACUUGUCGAGUCGCCAGUGACACCGGCUGUCGUGACCAGCGAGGAGACUCCCACCGUCCAGAUGCCCGAAGAUGCAACAGGGUCGUCUACUAGUGAAUCCGAGAAAGUCGUAGUAAAGGAAGAUGAAGCAACGCCCAGUGAAGAGGACAGUGCCAAGAGCAUCGAUGUCGAGAGCGUGGCCUCUGAAGAGAAACCAGUCGACAUGGAAGAAGAGGAAUCGGCACCUCCGAAACUCGUUACGAAAGAAGAAACGACCGCAGAUGAGCGAAUAGUCGAAGUACAACCACAAGAAAGUGAAAUGACGAUAGCUCCGGAGGUGAGUCAACCACCACCAGCAGCAGCACUGAGCGAAACGUUAGAGACGCCAGUCAGUGAUAAGAAACGACCACUGGAGAAAGCAGUUGAUGGAGAUGAAGAAGACGACAGUGAACACAGUCCCGACGCAAAACAACCGAGAUUUUUCAGUCCUGAUAAGCAGGUGAUAGAAGACAAUCCCGUUCCAGCACAGACGACCGACACUCAAGUCGCCGAAGAAGAACAAAAUGCCGUGACACCAUCACUGGAAACAGUGAAAAAACCGGCAGAAACGGAUCCUCUAGUUCCUGCAACGGAAAGCCAUUAAAUCAUCAGAUGACAAACAAAUUCAAAAACUGGAACAUUUUGUUUUUUUCGCGUGCUCACAUUCUCGGAUUUUUCAAAAAUUAAUUUUUUUUUUCUUUCAUCAACUAUAAACUUGCUGCUCUCGGUCUCUUACACUCAACUGUGCCACGAAUGGAAAAGACCAACGUGCCCUCCUCCACCACCACCACCACCGUGUCACGUCCCUGUUCUCUUCCAAGGAUUAUUUUGUUUUUUCCACGGGAUUUUUGGGUGACUUAAUUGAUUCGGUCAGCUUAAUUUGCUGGCCUUCCUAUUCCUCCACUUUUCUCUGUCUCUCUCCCACCUUCUGUCCUUUUUUUUUAAAUCUCUAGCGUUGAUUGAGUUCAUUUUUUACAAAUCAAUAAAAUAAAAAGUCUCACUGAAAUUGCAAUGUUGAAAAUGACCUGAAAA